UAAUGCAGAGAAAAAAAUCGAGAGAAAGAGACCCCGCAAUGCUUUAGGGUUUCUGGAAAAAAGCUCCAAGUUAGACGGGCUGCGGUUUGUGCUUCUUCUUCUUCCUCUGUUUAAUUUUCAGUUUCGAUUAUAAUUCUUUCUGUGUAGUCGAUUCUUGUUAAUUUCUUGAAACAUGGCGGGUCAAACAAACCCGGAAUUCUCCCCAAAAGACCCAGACGUGAACGAAGAAUUGCAGGAGCUUGAAUUCACGAAAAGGGGUUGUUGUUUCUGGCUUCCGUCUUUCAGAUGUGGCCGAAGCCUUUGGGAACGGGUUUCCACCAGCGAUCAAAAGGAAGAACCUCAUUGGUGGGAUAAGGGUUUGAACGCCGUUAUGAAAGUUAGGGAGUGGUCGGAACUCGUAGCAGGUCCAAAAUGGAAGACAUUCAUUCGACGAUUCAAUAAAAACCGUUCCAAAACAAAUAAAUUCAAUUACGACCCGUUGAGUUACUCCUUGAAUUUCGACGAUGGACCAGGGGUAAACGAUCAAUCCGAAGACGAUCGUUUAUUCCGUGAUUUCUCGUCGAGAUUUGCUUCAAUUCCGGUUUCUUCUAAGUCUUCAAUGGAUUUGGGCAAGGACCCACCAUCCUUCUUGUGAAUUCCUCAGUCGCCGGAAAAUUGAUCGAAACGGCGAAUUACGAAAAAAGAAUAAAUUCCAUGAUGUGGAAUCGGACAAGCGGCGGCGGCAGAGGGCCUAGAAUUGCGGCGGAGAAAUUGGGUGGGCUCUGUUAUUUGCAACGCUUGUGACGGUGAUGAAACAGGUGGUUUUGAUUCUCUGACAAUAAAAUUGGUCGGUUGAUUGAUUUGGGGAAAAAAAGGAUUUUACUAUUUUUUUUCACUUUUUCUACUCGAGUAUUUGUUUUUAUUCGUUUGAUUAGUUAAUUGCUGCAGGGAGUAUUAUUCAAUUGAAUUCUUUAAUUGGAAAAUGUUUUUACCAA